CACCUACAUCACUCGCCGGCCCAUUAGCCCUCGCCUCCGCCUCCGCGUCUCUCUCCAGCUUCUCUCUCCCCCAUGGCUCUCGCGUGCGCAUCGCGCCGCCUCCUCGCCGGCGCCGGAACUCCGGCGAGAUCCUUCCACUCCCAGCCCUACCAAGCCAAGGUCGGCGUGGUGGAGUUCCUCAACGGGGUCGGGAAGGGGGUGGAAACGCACGCCGCGAAGGUGGAGGAGGCGGUGGGAGGCGACCUCCAGAGGCUCCUCGAGACCCGCACGCUGCGGCUCAAGAAGCUCGGCAUCCCCUGCAAGCAUAGGAAGUUAAUUUUGAGUUUUGCUCACAAGUAUCGUCUUGGUCUUUGGAAGCCCCAAGCAGAAGCGAAGAAAGCGCAAUGAAGUUGAGUUGUCUUGAAGUGGGUCACUAUGAAAACUAUCAGCUGUCAUUAUACUUAACUGGGAAAAUGCAAUGAAGUUAUUUUCUGAUUUCUCCUGAAGUGCUCUACUUGCAAAAUGAUUUGCUAUCGCUGGACUUAAGAACUUGUCAGACAUUGAGCAGUUGCAGUGCAAUUUCUAUGCAACAGUCUGAACUAUGCCCAUGCUUUCUAGCAACUCUUGGAAUCUGAAGACUUGUACCUUGUGCUUUGAGUACUUCGUUUUUCACUUGUGUGAAACAACAAAUCCUACCAAUACUAGGCCUUCUCAUUGUUAGGUUGAACUUCCUGAGGUUGUAAAAUACUUCAAAAAUAGGCUAAUUUAUUGGCUAAUUCGAAUUCGUAUACUCCAUCCGUCCUAUUUUAAGCGCAGUUGUAGGUUUUUUAUCCAACGUUUAACCGUUCGUCUUAUUUAAAAAUUUUUCAUGAUUAGUAUUUUUAUUGUUAUUAGAUGAUAAAACAUGAAUAAUAUUUUAUAUGUGACUUUUUUUAAAAAAAAUCAUAUUUUUUUAAAUAAAACAGAUGAUCAAACGUUGGAUAUAGAAACCCACAACUGCACCUAAAAUGAGACGGAGUAACAUAUUAAGCAAGCAUGGAGAGAGAAACAUAUAUUA